CGUCGAAAAAAUGUCCAUUUUUUGAAAUGCCCGCCAAAAGAAGAACCAUUUCUCUUUUUCAACUGAGGGCGAUUCUAUUUGCCCGUCCCCUAACCGCCGAAGGAUAGUCUUCCGAGUUCCGAGUCCUCCGACUACAGAACUCAAAACCUAUUUCUUCGAUUCUUUCCUGUUGCUGCUGGGAUUUCUCGUUUAUUCUGCGGAGGAUGUAUGCUAGAAAGGCGUAUGAGCUGGUAAAGGAGUUAGCCCAGUGCGAGAAAGGGCAUCUUCAGCAAUUCAAUGAGGAUCUGUUCAAUCAAGUCGUUGACCAAUGCACCCAACAUUUUCUAGAGCUUCAGGCUUUAUUUAGGUAUAACCGCACAGAAACUAUACGAAGUUUGUCAUGGAAAGUGGGGUUUGAGCUCUUUGAGCUUCCAGAAGAGAUUCAAGAGAAGCUCAGUCUCCCAGAGAAGAACUAUUUUGGGAAGCAUUCUGCUGCUCUACAGACAUAUAUGGCUGAUGUUGGUAUUGACUUGAAUGUGGAUAUGGUGCCGCCUAAAGAUCCUUACAUCAAGGUGAGAGUCCUUGAUGAUAUGGGUGAAGGGAUAUUGCUAAGCAACAAGACUGCCAAUCUCGCCCGUCAUUCAAUGCACUUCCUGAAGAGAACUGAUGCCGAGCAGUAUAUUGCACGAUUGAUAGCAACCGAAAUCGUCCCACCAUUUCUAGUGAAGCUUCUUCUCUACCCUGGAGCCAUAGCAAAAUCCCUGUUCCACCACAACAAACGCAUACCCAGAUUCAGUAACCUCCUGAAACUGUACGAUUUCACCACUUUGAACAAGGCCUCCACCGCCUCGGCCGGCCUCCGCCAUCUCGAGAUAGUUGCAGGAAGCUAUCUGUCCGUGGCAGGGGCGAUACUAGGCGUGCUGAGGCCGAGGAGAAUGAGCCUGUUUGGAGCGCUUAUGAUUGUUUGGGGAUUUGCUAGGGAAGUCUUUCUGAUGAAACCUGGUGGUGAGAAUGAUUAUAAACCAGGAAAGGCUGUUCAGAUCUACCCACAGAUGUUCCUUGUUGUGGUUUGUGCUUUCCUGUCCAUAAGAAAGGAUGUCAGGUGGCUGCUACGGAGCUUCAAAGCUCGACGAGUUGGAACCAAAUACUUGUGAUACUCGAGGAAAGCUUUUGACUUGUAGGAUCUGCAGGGUCUUUUGAGCUACUGUUAAGGUUCAAAUUCUGUACCUUGCAUUGGGGCAGAGAUUCAUACCCUCUUCAACUUACUGUGAUAUUUGAUAUCAAUCGCUUCCUCAGAGUUAAGAUUGGAAUUUCUGUGUCAACUAAGACCCUAACUAAGCCA